AUGCCAAUAUCUAUGCAAACACUGGAAGAGGGAGCGGGAAAACACUGCAUCAGAAAAGGCAGAGCGAAAGGACUCAGCUUAAAUAAGCAAUUUGAAAAUAAGGAAACUAGCUCUUUUGUUAUUGGAUCUGAGGUUUAUGGAAGGGAGGAAGACAAAAGAAAGAUAAUAGAUAUGUUAUUAACACCAUCUGGAAUAGUCAGUGGAGGAACUACACCUGUGAUAUCAGUAAUCGGCACUCCAGAAGAUUGUAAUGCCAAAAGAAUAAUUAAACAAGUAAUUGAGAAAUCAACUGGAAAUAAAUGUGAUUUAAUGGACUUGGACGGUCUGCACUCUCAAAUGUGGGAAUCACUAAAAGAAAAGAAAUAUCUUCUCGUACUCGAUGAUGUUUGGAAUGAAGAUCAAGGUGAUUGGGAUGAACUGAUGCCACUGUUUCAGCGUGGACUUGAUGGAUGCAAAAUACUUGUCACAACCCGCAGUCAAAAAGCUGCAUUGGUUAUAGGCAAUUCAGAUACAGCAUAUCACUUGAAGGGUUUGUCAAAUGACGAUUGCAGGAAAAUAUUCACAAAGCGUGCUUCUUUUACUCGAACGGAAGAAGAGGAGUAUCCAAACCUUCAUUCAAUUGGGAAAGAACUAAUGCGGAAAUGUGGAGGUGUGCCUUUGGCCGCAAAAAUUCUUGGUGGUCUCAUGCGCUUUAAGAGAGAGGAGAGGGAGUGGCUAAAUGUGCAGAAUAGUAAUAUUUGGAUUUGGAAGGAUUACAAAAAGAAAAAUUUACCUGUACAGGCAUUUGUGCCGCAUCUCAAACACUGCUUUGCAUUCUAA